CCUGAAAAUCUGCUAUGAAUAAAAUCGUAAAAUAAUAUGAUAUAAUAAUUCAACAUGGGUGAGAGAUACUUUGCAUGGGAUGAAAUUUCAGAAGGAUUAAUUCUAUUUAGUGUGGCAAAGACAGAAGAUGAACAAGCCAAGCGACGAAGGAAACGCACUGCUGCUGUCCCUAUAUCGGAAAUUUAUUCUCCACACGCGUAUUUGAUUUUAUGUUAUCGGGAAACAUUGAAUGACAACGAAAAGAUCAGGUUCCGAAAGAAUUAUCUGAGAAAAGUGACGCCGGAUGAACCAGACAUCAUUAUCCUGCAGGACAUUAAGGACCUCGUGCUCUUCCUUCUCGUGACCUCCGUCAGCCCGCAGUUCAUAAACUUCUUCCACUUGCCGGCCGUGGACCGAUUUUUGAGAGCACUCAUCAUCUACUUCCAACGCUUCGUACAGAUAUGGGAGGACCUGGGACGUGAACGAGCGGCCACCAUGAGGAAGGCACCUAAUCCACUGGCGCGUGGACAUAGAUCUCAAUAUGCCGAUGAAAUGCAUACUCUACGUUGUGUCCUAGGCAGGGAGUACGUGGACUUGCUACUGGGUUGCCGGGAUGGGCCUCGCUACCACCAUAUGAUAACCAACUCGAAGCGCACGGCUACGCAAUCGCAGGGCGAGAAAGACCUGCGGAUCUACGAGGGAUUGAUAAGUGUGGCUCACAGGGUCGUAUGGAUAGCAUUACAGCGGAAACAUUUUACUCUGAUCGAGCUAGAACUGCAGAGACUGCUUCGAACCGAGGCGUACAAUACCGCGCAAAGACAAAGCGGCAGUCGACUUAUUCAGGAUAUGCUGGAGGAUGAUAUUCGUAUACUACAUGGUCCCAAAACAAUACUGAAAACUCGAAAAUUGCUCAGAAACUCCCCCAUGCCUCAUGAGCUGAUGUACAGGGAUUGCGACUAUCGUCUUCUAUCGUUAGACGUAGUAGAUAUCGACAUACACCAUCCAAAAAUCGCUUAUCUGAGGAAUGCUCUUCUCGUCGACGAAGAAAAGCUAUUUCAGUUGGGGAUCAAAGUGGGCAUUUUGGGUCACAAUCGCUCGGAUUAUGAUAUAAUGUUAAUGCCACACGAACCAGAGGAACCUACAGAAGAGCCAACAGAAACUGAUUUGCUCGACAAAAGAUCGAUGGAGACGCGAAAGAGUAUCUUUGUAACUAAAAUCUCGGAACAAGAAGAGCUCGAAAUCCUGCCUGAAUUAAGGGAAGAGUUGUCAGUAAAAGAAAUUCAGAAAAUAAACGAGAAAUAUGAUAAGAUUCGCGAAAAAGCUCGGAUAAAAUGGAUUCUUCGAGAGAUAAGACGACGUGAACGCAAAGCGACUGAUUCUUACUCUAUAGCGACAACUUUAGACUGAAUGUACAGAAUAGAAUAGAAUUCUUACGUAUCUAUUAUAUUACGA